GGCUCCGAGCUCACAACUUCCACACGGGAGGAAAAGUAGCCAGGAAAACUGCGUAUUCUUUCAUGUUGUGCUGGUGUUCUCAUUCCAGGGUGGAUCGGAAAGUAAACAAGCGGGUCACACGCGUACAGCGAAUAGUUAUCGUCAGAAAGUGACGUUUUAUUACAGCGUGAAGUGGAGACAGUGAGUGAAAUUUAAAGUUAGCACUUGUCCGAUGUCGACUUGCGGUGCAGCGAUCGAUGGGACCCAGCGCAGCGAUGGAGCAAUAGCGUUGGAUCCGUGACUUUCUUUUCCUGGAUAUAUAUUUAUUUUUUAACGGAAGCGUUGUUCCUUCCUUUAUAUUUUUUCUUGUUGUGGAUUAUCACUGCAAUCAUGCCUGGAAAAACCAAGUAUAACCUGGUGGAUGAUGGCCAUGAUUUGAGAAUUCCCUUACACAACGAGGAAGCCUUUCAACAUGGGAUCAACUUUGAGGCAAAGUACAUCGGCAGCCUUGAUGUGACCCGGCCAAACAAUCGGGUGGAGAUUGUCGCUGCGAUGAGGAGAAUAAGGUACGAAUUCAAGGUGAAGAACAUCAAGAAGAAAAAGGUUAACAUCAUCGUGUCGGUGGAGGGCGUCAAGGUGAACCUGAGGAAAAAGAAAAAAGUGAGUGGCAUUAAGAAGGAGUGGACGUGGGACGAGAGCAAAAUGAUGGUGAUGCAGGACCCCAUUUACAGAAUAUUCUACGUGUCCCACGACUCUCAGGAUCUGAAGAUCUUCAGCUACAUCGCCCGGGACGGACAGAGCAACGUGUUCCGCUGCAAUGUCUUCAAGUCGAAGAAGAAGAGCCAGGCCAUGCGCAUCGUGAGGACGGUGGGCCAGGCCUUUGAGGUGUGCCACAAGCUCAGCCUUCUGCACACCCAGCAGAGCGCAGAUGGGACGGAGGAUGGAGACAAGACAGCUGGAAAACUGAACGCCUUGGAGCAGGCGGCAGACGUGGCGGUUGCCGUGACGACGACGGCCGCCGCCGAGGAAACGGACAUCGACGCGGAGGAAGAGGACGUCCCGGUGGCGGCGGCCGACAGCACCGUGGACGAGUUCAGCAACAGUAACCGCGGAGUCACGGAUCUGGACGCCACAUCUAAGACCAGCGAGCACAGCCCCACAGACACCAAGUCUCCAGAGGAGGGCUCUCUGCUGAUGGCCAGCCCAAGGAUGCUGCUCCCGGAGGCGGGCACGCUGUCGCCGACCACCCCCCUGUCUAUCCACCACCAGAUCCAGCUUCUCCAGCAGCAGCUGGCGCAGCAGCAGCAGCAGACGCAGGUGGCCGUAGCGCAGGUUCACCUGCUGAAAGAUCAGCUGAGUGCAGAGGCCACGGCGCGGCUGGAGGCCCAGGCCCGGGUCCACCAGCUGCUGCUCCAGAACAAGGACCUGCUGCAGCACAUCUCCCUGCUGGUCAAGCAGAUCCAGGAGCUGGAGGCCAACUUCACAGGAACCCACUGCAUGGGGUCCCAGGACAGCCUAUUGGAGAUCACCUUCCGCUCCAGCGGGGUCCCGGUGCUCUGCGACCCCACCACGCCCAAGCCGGAGGGCCGCGCCAACGGAGAGGCCCUCCGCCCCGACGUCUUCUCCCCGCCGGCCGCCGCUCUCGGGAGCCCCAUAGGUAGGGACCCGUCCCGUCUCCUCAAGCUGGAGCGCUUUCGCUUUUUCCCGGGCCCCCCGGGGGGCCCCACGCCGCCCCCCCGGCCGCCGCCCCUGAGCCCCCCGCCCUGGCUCAACGGGGCGGUAGGUGAAGAGUGGCGCGGCUUCUUCUCCCCGCCCCUCCCUCCUCCGCGACAGGGCAGGGGCGAGUCCCCGGCUGCCCCCCGCACGACGUCCCGGGACGACCCGGACGUCGCCCGCUUCCGCGAGUCGGGCAUCGCCUCCGAGUGCGAGGAUUCGAACACGGACGACAGUGAGGAGGAGGAGGAGGAGGAGGAGGAGCAGGAGGAGGAGGAGGGGGAGGGGGGUGGGUUGGAGGAGAGGGGGGAGGGGAUGGAGGUCUACGGUUGGGGCACGGACGUGGAGACACUGAGGCUGCUGAACGUUCUCAACAGGCAGGCCGUCCCCGACUGCCUGGGAGAAGAGAUAGCCGUAUAAUACACACGCACACACAAACACGCACACACACACACACAUACACACACACACACAUACACAUACACACACACACACACACACACACACACACACACACACACAGACCACCCACUUGUUGUCACUUGAUCACGUUUGCAUCACAACCGGAUCCAUCAAUAUUUUCGCUCACAGGAAAAACAUAGAUGUAGUAUGUUGGUUUUCCGUAACUCAAUGUCCUCAACCUUUUAUGUAUUGCCAAGAAAAUGAAUAUAGCACAUGGUGAAGUCAUUAUUAGCUUUCUAUCCACUAUCUAUCAGUGACUUGUAGCAAGAACGUAAACGGCGGCUGUCAUAGGACAUGAAAUGAUGAGCAUAUUAGCAAUUGAUUUAAUGGCCUUUAUUUAUUUUAGUCACGUAUUAUUAUCGACUCCAAAUUACAAAUAUCCAGGUCAAUGAGGCAGUUUCGGCAUUUUAUGUAGUAUUUGGCCAUAAGUUCUCUAUUGAGUUUUCCAUAGUCUGGCCAACUUUUUUGGUCAGGUGUGCAAAUGACUGCAAUCUUGGGUUGUCAUUUAGCACUGCAUUUUAGCACGGAUAGCUAUUUGUUUGUCUUUGUCUCACUGUUUAAGCUACUAGGACGAAGAAGAAUAAAAAACACGUUCGUUCACCAUGAGAACGUUUCUCAGGAGAACAAUUUCAGCUUCUUUCAGCAUCUUUUGGAAUUACUACAUACAGACUAGCUUUCUGGUGUUUUUCUUUUCUUCCUUCCUUUUUACAUAGUUGACUUUUCAUUCUGUUCUGUACAACUGUGCCCACGCAUGCACAAAUAUUAUUUUGAAAAAGCGAACACUGGAGAUAUCGUGAUGAACGAUUUGUUUCGCUUGUUUUCCCCAAGACUUUCUUCUGAACAAAACUGUCACUCUGCUUUACCAGUAUACCAUUUAACACAUUUUAGAUGAGCUUUUUCAGCUCGCCCAAUUCAGAGGGUAAGCAUUGUUUGAAUUCCUAAUUAACGUAGAGUUGUCAUGCCAUUGUAUUCGCUUGAACUGCUCAUGCUAACAAUGCUGCUAGGAUUUGUUUUCCUCCUCACUCAAGGAAUUAUUCUUUACCCCAUACCACAUCAAAUAUGUGCAUCUUUUAUGUAGUAUGAAAAAAAGCUAAAUCAACUACCUUUCUGUCUGUUAAGUCUCUUUGAAUUGACUGGCGUGUGCAUGCACUAGCCUACAGCCUAACAAUAGACCUUGCAUGUGAUGUCAUAACUCCGCCCACUUUUCCAAACUGUAUGGGAGGAGGGCGGUAUAUUGGGGUUUACUGUCUUAUAUUUCUGUCUCAGUGUUUUUUAUCACAGGCUUUACUCAUCCAAGACUUUUUCCUUACAUGUAUUUACAGUUCUCCUGAAGCCGUUUACUGUGUUCAUCUUACCCUUUGUCAACCUGAAUUUUGCUCCCCAUUUAAAAACAGGAUUAUCUAAACACACUUGUACAUAAUGAUGUAGAUUAAUGUUUCCUGUAUGGUUAAACUGUAAGUUUCUUCUAUCUUUUAUAUAUAAAAGAGAGAAAACCUG